UCUUCCUUUUUUCUUCGAAAGGGAUUCGUGCCGCUACGCUGCCAUCUUUGUCGUCUCGUGCGUUGUUCAGCGGCGUGUUCAGCCUCCGGCUGAAAUUUUCGAUUUUUCAUCGCGUUUUCUGCGUGCAUCUUACGUCACGGUCACGAUCAGUUGCGUGUAAACUUCAUGAUGAGUACCGACAGUAUCGAAAAACUGUACAAAAAUUUCGGCAUCCUCGCUGACGCCAAGGAUAAAUUAGUACAGCAUGAGAAGGAAUACCUGGAAAUUCUAACAGCAGUUAAAGGCUCGCCUAAGGAAAAACGACUAGCCUCACAAUUCAUAGCAAGGUUCUUCAAGCAUUUUCCAAAACUAGCAGAUCAGGCUAUAGAUGCUCAUUUAGAUUUAUGCGAAGAUGAAGAUAUGGCUAUACGUAAACAAGCUAUUAAAGAUUUACCAGCACUUUGUAAAGAUAAUAAGGAACAUACAGCAAGAAUUGCAGAUAUCUUAGCACAGUUACUGCAAGCUGAGGACUCGUCGGAACUUGCAGUUGUACAUAACAGUAUUAUGUCUCUUAUGAAAAGUGAUCCCAAAGGUACUUUAAGCGGAUUUUUUAGCCAAAUUAUUAAUGGCGACGAUGGAACGAGAGAACGUUGUAUAAAAUUUUUAGCUACCAAGCUUAAAGCAAUAGGACAUGACAUUAUCACAAAGGAACCGGAAGAUUUGUUAAUUUCAGAAUGUAAAAAAGUGUUGCAGGAUGUGACUGCUGACGAAUUCCAUAGUAUUAUGGAAAUCCUUGCAUGGACUAGAUUAGGAUCCACCGUCUCUGGUCAACAAGAAUUAGUUGAUAUCACAAUAGAACAGGCUGAAUUAUCUAUACCUUUUAAACACACGAACAUCGAACAAUGGAAUAGAUUGGUUCAAUGUGUUAAACAUGCUCUUCCAUUCUUCAGUUCACAGAUAGAUUCAUCAAAAUUUGUUUCAUAUAUUUGCAUGCAAGUUCUACCGCAUCUUUCUUUGAUGACUUCUCCUGAUGGUAGAGAUAUUCAAUUAGAACUGUUAAAAUUACUUGCUGAAUUAACAGUGUUUAGCGGAACUAUUGAAAAACCCGAAGAUAAAGUUCAACAGCUUUAUAACACUCUUAUUACCUACAUGCCGCUUCCUCCAGCUACAGAAAUUACGGAUGUACCAAAGUUACAAUUUAGUCACGUGGAAUGUUUAAUGUAUGCUUUUCAUAAACUAUGUAAACAGACUCCCGAAUUUCUGAUAAAGGAUCAGGAACAGCUUAAAGAAUUUCGAUUGAGGUUACAAUAUUUUGCGAGGGGCAUUCAGGGUUACAUCAAGAAAUUACGUGAAGCUAUUAGCGGAAAGACAGAAGAAGAAUUGAAAUCCGAGGAAAAUCAGUUAAAAGUUGUGGCACUAAAGACAACUAAUAAUAUCAAUACUUUAAUUAAAGAUCUUUUUCAUUCACCUCCUAGUUUUAAAAGCAUCAUACAUCUCUCAUGGAAAACACCUUGUAAUGACAAAAAGAGUGAGAAAAAUUCUGCUCAGAAACGACACACACCAAUUACAUUUGGGAACGAUAACAGUCCAAAUAAACGUAGUAAGGAAGAUAAAAACAACAAAAGAGAAAUAUAUACACCUCCUAGUGGCAAAUACAGUUCAAACAUAUCGAAUUAUGGCCGCGGUAGAUUUAAGGGUAACAGACCUCGAGGAAGAGGUGGAUUCAGAUCAGGAAGAGGUCGUGGUUCAUGGCGAAAAAAUUUUUAUUAAUUAUAGAAUUCAUUGAAAUUGAAAGCAACUAAAAUUGAGAUAACGGUAUAAACGUUUAUCUUCUAAUACCAACAAAAUGCUUUCAAAGAAGUCACAAAAUCUCAUUUUGUGUUAGCCUUUUUUUGGCCAUGUAGGAUUUUGCGAGUUUGAAAGCUUUGAUAAUUUCUCAGAUAUGCAACAGAAAAUUGAUAAUUUUUUCACACGUUUAUUAAUAUCUAAUAAUGUCAAAAAUGAUGACGGGAAGGAGAGUUGGAUAAAAUGCGAUUGUAUCAUUAUACAAACACUUGAUUAAUUCUUAUAAUAUGAAUUAUAUGUAA